CCGUGCCAUGAGUUUCACCUUUCCCUUGUUUCGUACGCCUUCGUUCUCCAAGGUUUAGGGCUUGCGCCAGCGAUCGUUGGCGAUGGAUGCGCCGGAUCUCUCUUCCUCGAGGGCGAGCUACCAGCCGCUAGCAGCAGAGGAUGGCACCGUGCCCUUCCAUCAGCAUGAGCGCCCCCUGCGCUGGACCUCUGGGAUUUGCGCUUGCUCCGACGAUAUUCCGAGCUGCUGCCUUGGUUUGUUUUGCCCCUGUAUACUCUUUGGCCGGAAUGUGGAGACUCUGGAAGAUCGGCCGUGGGUCGGGCCGUGCGUGAUGCAUCUUCUUCUUUGGGGCGCUGUCACUGGACUUUGCUGUGCACUGACGGAAGGAACUGCUCUCGGCGUCGCUGCGUCAUGCGUGUCAUGCUACGCUUGUGGCUACAGGAAAACACUGAGAGACAAGUAUAAUCUCGAGGAUGCUCCGUGCGGCGACUUUCUCACGCACUUGUGCUGCCAUCCCUGCGCAGUGUGCCAAGAGUACCGAGAAAUGAAAGAGCGAGGGACAUACUCGGGAAUCCCUGUAACUGUUGCUCCUGGAAAUCAAGUGAUGGUAUAGCUGCGAUGAUUGUAAAUCCAAUGAAGUAUAUUGUUGUGUGUGACGAUGGCGACGAGCACCCUCGGGAUCGGUGUGGAAGCUGCUCGGCGAGGCUCAAGAACUGUGGCUGGCGGCGAUCCGGGUGUCCAAGGCGGUGGAGAAUUCGCACCAGACGACGGAGUUUAUAUUGAUUGAAGAAGGUGGUACUAAACCUUUUUUACGGUUUUAAACACUAUUUAUCUUUUUUGCCUUUU